AAAAAGGCAAUUUAAUUUCGAUAGCCAGAGAAACACAGGACGAGAGAGAGAGAGAGAGAGAGAGAGAGAGAGAGAGAGAGAGAGAGAGGAAGUAGAAGGAAAAGGAGAAGAGGAGAAAUGGAGGUGUUUGAACAUGAUUUCUUGGAGGAGUUACUGGCUCUAAGAAGAGAAGCAUGGGAGACGAUUCCAAGUCCAAAUGAAGAAAACCAACUCUUCUUGCCUGAUGCUCAUAAUAGUUUGGACUGUUUUGAUCCAAACUCUCUUGCUCUUCUCCCAAAUUCUUUCUCUGAUCAACAGGUGCCUCAAAGUUACAAUUACUACAGUAGCUUCAACGAAAUCUACAACUCAUUACUUGAUGAGUUCUCGACUCCCCAGAUUAUAGGUUCAUCACCCUACACCACUCUUGAUACCAAUUCUUCACUUAGUACCCCUCCUUUUCUGGUUCAAGAAGAGCAUAACCCUUUGUCAUCCAUGAUGGAAGAGGAGGGCUUGUUUGGAGAAGAGCUUCAGAGCUUGGACCUCAAAACGACAUGUAAGAUGGAGCCGAUCAGCCCUUCCCCUGUCGAAAUGCCUGUCUUUGACACGGGCACUUGUACUUUGGAAAGAAAGAAUCGACCCAAGAAACUUCUAGGACAGCCCUCCAAGAAUCUAAUGGCCGAGAGACGACGAAGAAAGAGGCUAAAUGAUCGUCUCUCCAUGCUAAGAUCUAUUGUCCCAAAGAUUAGCAAGAUGGAUAGGACAUCUAUACUUGGAGACACGAUAGACUACAUGAAAGAACUUCUGGACAAGAUUAAAAAUUUGCAGCAAGAAACAGACUUGGAUUCAAAUGUGGUGGGUGUUUUGAAAGAUGCGAAACCAAAUGAAAUCAUAGUGAGAAAUUCACCGAAGUUUGAUGUGGAGAGAAGGAAUGCGGACACGAGGGUUGAUAUAUGCUGUGCAGGGAAGCCAGGCUUGUUGCUAUCUACAGUGAACACCCUGGAAGCUUUGGGGCUUGAUAUUCAGCAAUGCGUUAUCAGCUGCUUCAACGAUUUUACGAUGCAGGCUUCUUGCUCAGAGGAAUUGGAGCAGAGGACAAUAAUUGGUUCAGGAGACAUAAAGCAAGCGUUAUUUAGAAGCGCAGGAUACGGAGGGAGAUGCUUGUGACUUGUGAGAAUAAAAUAUUGAAAUGUGAAGAAAGGAAAGACAGCAACUACUGCACUUUUGUUUUCUGUAGGAGAAGGGUUCUUUAUGAUUAUUUGAUUCCAAAGAGGGUUAUAAGUAAAAGAUGUAGCUAAAUUCUUUUCUCCUGAAUCCAUGAAAGUAGUCGAUAUCGUUUCUUCAUCAGAAUAGAAGCAACAAAUGCCUUCUGUUUUCAUUGGCUUUAAUUA